AUGUGGAUUCAUAAUGGGGAGGGAAGAAGCAUGUCCCGUCUGUCUCUAACACGCUCCCCGGUUUCUCCUCUGGCUGCUCAAGGAAUUCCUCUCCCAGCUCAACUCACCAAGUCCAAUGCUCCCGUGCACAUCGAUGUAGGAGGACACAUGUACACCAGCAGCCUUGCUACCCUGACCAAGUACCCAGACUCCAGAAUAAGUCGUCUGUUUAAUGGCACAGAGCCUAUUGUCUUGGACAGUUUAAAACAACAUUAUUUCAUUGAUCGAGAUGGGGAAAUUUUCAGAUAUAUAUUAAGCUUCCUAAGGACAUCUAAGCUACUGCUCCCAGAUGACUUUAAGGACUUUAAUCUUUUAUAUGAAGAAGCAAAGUAUUACCAGCUGCAGCCAAUGAUUAAGGAACUUGAGCGAUGGAAACAAGAGAAAGAACAAAGGAAACAUUUCCAGCCUUGUGACUGCUUGGUUGUAAGAGUGACUCCAGAUCUGGGGGAAAGAAUUGCAUUGAGUGGAGAGAAGGCUUUGAUAGAAGAGAUCUUCCCAGAGACCGGGGAUGUCAUGUGCAACUCUGUGAACGCGGGCUGGAACCAGGACCCCACCCACGUUAUCAGGUUUCCCUUGAAUGGAUACUGCAGGUUGAACUCCGUGCAGGUGCUCGAAAGAUUAUUUCAGAAGGGAUUUAACGUGGCAGCUUCCUGUGGUGGUGGGGUGGAUUCCUCCCAGUUCAGUGAAUACGUGCUGUGUCGUGAAGACAGACGACCACAACCCACCCCAACAAUCAGAAUAAAACAGGAGCCCCUGGACUAA